AUGAGUGCCUCAACACCCCUCACGGCCAACUCACAAUUCAUCCAAGCAGACGAAGACGACGACCUUGACGAGGAUGCCAUCCCAGGGUACGCACCCGCAUCUCCCGUAGCGGACAAGGGUAAAGCACGCGCUCCCGAACAACUAGCUUCUCCUUCGACAACACCACACCUUUCCGGAAACAUUGGAACAUCUGCAUCCGCUGCUCCGAAGCAGCCGUCGCGACAAACCGUCGGUGGUGUACGGGUCGAGACGCGGUAUAGCGGAAUUGAUACCCUUGAUGAAACUAUCGCUACAACUAUUGGCCGAGACUUGCUUUCGAUUUACAACAAGCUCGUGCAGGUCCUAUACCCACGACGUUCGGGGAGUGCAAGAGAGGUACUUCGAGACUGGGAUCUUUGGGGCCCACUCAUAUUAUGUCUACUCCUGGGUAUCAUGCUGAGCGUCAACGCGCCAGCAGAUCAAGCGUUAGGUGUCUUCACUUCUGUCAUAGUCAUCAUUUGCGUUGGCUCUCUAGUUGUAACCGUGCAAGCAAAGCUCCUCGGGGGUCGAGUAUCGUUCUUCCAAGGCCUCUGCGUCUUGGGCUACUGCGUCGCUCCGCUCGACAUCGCCGCGCUUAUAUCCUGUUUCGUCCGUAUCAUCUAUGUCCGAGCGCCAAUUGCUAUCCUGGCCUGGGCUUGGUGUAUAUGGGCAUCGGUGAACUUCCUCGACGGGACAAAAAUCGAACCUCAGCGGAUUUUACUGGCUGUGUACCCUUUGUUGCUAUUUUAUUUCAUCCUGGCUUGGUUGAUUCUGAUCCAGUAACUAUGCUGCCUCUAAAUGCAUUAUUUGG